GGGGAGAGUGUCGAUGUAAUGUCAUUUCAUGUCACAGAAUUAAAAUGUCUGCUAUCUCUUCUGAAGCAGACGAGGAUGUAUUCUCAAGUGAAGAGGAAGUUAUAAAAUCUACAACAAACAGAUCUGGAGUCUCAAAAACUAUUCAGGUGGUUCUAAAAGGUGGUGCCCCAUGGGGGUUUACCCUCAGUGGUGGGACGGGGACCCAAUCACCUGUACAAAUUCACCAGGUUGAUCCUGAGGGUAAAGCUCAAGGUUGUCUGUAUGAAGGGGACUGUAUCCUAGCUGUGAAUGGUGUAGCCCCAGAGUCCCUGUAUGAGGGGGAACAGCUGAUUAAAGAUGCGUUCAGGACCCUCACUCUUACAGUAUGGAGGGGGACCUCCAAACUUGAGUCGAGUGUGAAGAUUCUUAGGUCUUCUUCAUUUCUUCAUCGAUCGCGAGAAGUCCAGGAGCGGGAAAGGAAUCAGUCUGGGAACCAGGAUGACAUCGCUACAACAACAGACGAUCCAAGAUCAGCAGAGAAAAUGAAGCCGAGGCAACGCAGGGUCGAGAGCUUUCAUGGAAGAAGCAAGACAAGGCAUUCCUCAUCAAAUGCACUAAAUACAUCGCCACAUCAAGAUCCACCCCUGAAAGUCCGGAAUCACCUUUCUUCCAGUUCCAUUUCAUUGUCCUCGCAUAACUCGUCUCCAAGAGAACCUACAUCCAGCAAGAAUCGUCACUCCUUUGGAUCCACCUCCCCUUUGACACACAGCCAUACUGUGACACCAGGUAGACACAGUUUACCACUACAUUCUUUACACACCUCUAGAAAUACAGACAUUUUACCAAACAAACAGCGACAUUCAUCUGGAAACAGUACAUCUUCCGCCGGGUCAAGUCAGCGGCCUUCCAGUCGAGGAACACAGAAUGAAGAGUCUUCCAGAGGACUUAUGUCUAUGAAAGGAUGGAACACAGUUCAGGAUUUGUCACAAAAACAGCGGCCUUCCUCCAGAGUGGACACUACCAAUGGUAGCCAUGUGGACAUUCACAUGGCGGACACACGCCUAGGACGCCUGUCUCCCGCCUCCUCCUCCCCUAGUCUAGCUAUGGCUGAACCUUCUCAGAAGAAGCCACCAUCACCAAGGCUUGACCUUCACAAAUCAACCUCAGAGGUCAACAAUCACUCCCAACCCCUGUCUCCUCGUAGCCCAGCACACCAGCCAUUUUUUUUCCCCAAAGGGUUUAAGAAGAUAGCGUGGCCUCACAAUACAGAUUAUACAGGAGGGCAUUCUGAUGACAGAAUGAAGGACAUAAGGCAGUCACUGCCAUCCAAUAACAAACCUUUUAAAUCAGACUUGCAUGAUUAUCAGAACAUUAAUGAGGUAUCGUCACAAGCUGAGGUUGAUCCAGCUGAUCUGGAGCUGCAAAAACUGACACAACGACCUCCAAGAGAACCGUACGACCCCCGUCCUGCGUGUUCACCUCCCGCACCUCCGGUAAGGGACGUGUCAAGUCUACAGUACGGAAGUAAACCUCAGGCUCACGAAAAGUACCCUUCCUGGCCUGUAACCCAACCAAAUAUUGAGAGUGAACCCGGAGAACCUAUCAAUUCUCCCACAUUAAAACAUGCAUACCACCCUCAACUUGGGCCUGUGAAUGAACGAAAUAGUCCAAGUAGUGAAAGAAAGGGUGGGGAUGAUUAUAAGAGAAAUGCAAGUGACCCUGGUUUUAAGAAACAGACUUCAUUAUCCCGUUUUAUGAAACGUCCUACUCCAAGUGAUCAAGAAAAGAGAACGAGAAAUUUAGAAUCAAAAAGGAGUGCAGAAAGUCAAAUGGAACAGUUUUUCAGUUCUAGUCCUGGGUAUCCACAUCCAAUGAUGGAUCAGGAUGGGAAUCGUAUUGGAGAUGAAAAGUACAACAUUCCGUCACCGCCCGAGCGGGAAAGUCGAGCUCCAGACGAGAAGACUUUGUCAGAAAAAAUAGCUUCCAUUGUCGGACCUCAUCAUCAUGAUUCCUGGCAUGGGAGCAGUAGUGGUUACCAUAGUGAUAUAAAAAGUCAUGAUUCCUCAUUUUAUAAUGACAGUCCCAAUCAGGACUAUAAAAAACAGAGCAAUUUUACUAGCCCUGGCGUACGUGGUUUGGUGGAUACAGGAACAAAUCCAUUGGGUAGUGAAGGGAAGAGUGUUAGUAGUAGCUCACUUCGAUUUGAGCCACCAAGGACUUAUGUAGUGAAACAAAUGGUGUGUUACAACACAGGAACACAAACUGAUAAUAAAUCUCCAGAUAUUUCUUCCAGUGGGGAUAGGUACUUCCAGGAAAAAUCAAUUCAGGCAAGGUUGUCUAGUUCUGACAGUGACACCUACAAACAGACAGACAGUCAAAGGUACAGGAUAGAGAAUCAGGAUACAAAAAAGAAGGAGAGGUUUCCUGAAGAUUAUCCCUGUAACAUGGCUCCAAUGCUUAGAAAACUGACAAAAGAAUACUAUGGUGGGAAACUUCAUGGAAGUGAGAAACGCCUGUCAUCUGCCUCUAGCCAGGAUAGCAGCAUUCGUAGCCCUGGGUCUGAUAUACCUACGUUUGUACAUUACCCGGGCAUGAGAGAAGCAGAGUCCUACAAUAGUGUUGUGAUUCAUCCGACUGAGAAUUCCCUGCCUUUUGGACGGGACUAUGCGGAAUCCAGAUCCAGCAUCAGUGACUCGAGACAUGACGUGUCUGGACUGGAAAGUGAAAGGAAUUCAGUGUUUAACUCAGAAUCUCGUUCUAAACAUAUGAGACAUGGAUUAGACCCUUCCUUGUAUUCUCCAAAAUAUCCACAAUUUCACACAGGGAGUCGAUCAGAUUUAAAUAAAGAUCAAAAUCGCUUGAUAAUGGGCCAUGACAAAAGUUCCAAGGGUGUACUUAAUACACAGGAGUAUCCUCGGGGUGUUCCAGGCAGUGAUUCAUCUCCCUCGAUGCCAUAUAGUACGUCAGACUCGCGUUCUUCCAACAGUACUCGCUUUAGUUCUGAGUCCUCUCAUCUAGGUCAUUCCAAACCUAGACAUGAGUCCACAGAUUCUGUGUUCAUGGAUCCUUCCUCGCCUCUGAUCCCUGGGGGUGGGGAUGGUCCACGUCGACCAGCUGAUUUAGGUACAGGUCGACAGAUGGGAAGAAGUGCUUCCAUGAAGAAGGCGUACGGAGUGUUUGAUGAACAUUCUCAUCGCAGACAGGAGAGCGAAUCAUUGUCUUCCACACAGUCCCCCACAGUUGUACACACCAGGUCUCAUUCUUCAUCAGAGUACAUGCGUAUGGAUCACUACAAUAGAAUGCAUGCAGAGAAUAAGCACAUGACUUUGAUUCGAGAGGACUCUCUGGAAAAUAAGACGCAGGACCAGCGAUGGGAGGACGUCGUAAGAAAGUCCAAAUUAUCUCAAGCAGAGAAAACAUCCAACUAUGAAAAUGUUCUUUCAGGAAAUAAGGGAAGUGCUUAUUCCACAAAAGGUAUGUUACCAGCUUCUAAUUUGAAGAGAACUUCCUCGGAACAAAUAAGACCUAUGAAGGAUCGCUUCAAUGACAGAACUAGUGCUAGGAAAAUGGACAAUGAAAAUGGUGCAUUUAAAACCAGUGAUGAUUCCAGAAGUAAUUUCAAAUCUCCUAUACAAUCUCAGAUGGAUUUAUCUUCUAAUGAAGCAUCAGAUAUCAGUUUUGAUCAUCGACCAAGGUCGACCUCUGAUUCCAUUCCUAAAGAUGGCAGCAGUUUGUCUCCCAGUAAACGACAUGUCUCAGAUUCUGACAGUGUGUCACCUGACAACCCAGAUAUGUCCACCUCACAGUCUCCAAAUGAUUUCAAUAAAGACACCAAUCUCAAAGAUGUACAGCGAAAUGCAGUACAGAAAUACAUGGACAGAGUGACUGGUAAAAGUCCAGACGAACCUGAAUCCAGACCGGACUCCACACGUAAAACUUCACUCACCCCAUCUGAAUCAUUCCGUCUUAAGUAUGGCAACCGGGCCGAGCGACAAGAGAGUUUACGUAGAUCAAGGUCAAUCACCUCCAGGGAUUCAGACUAUAUGGAAAUGAAGAGGCCUGAGAGACAGCAGACGGAAUGGAGUCGAAUCCGCUCUCAGACCGGAGGAAGCCGCCCCCACUCGAUCGGAUCCGAUUCCAGUCUGGUGGAUCCGUACGCUGUCACACCGCUAUCCUCAUUCCCUGACACGGAGCACCACCAACGAAGCCAGAGUGACUCCACCAACACAUUGACGCAGCUUAACAUAGACGAGGUGAGGUCAGUUUCUGUCGCAGACCACAACGCAGAAGAGAGCGCUGACCAAAGUUCUGGUGGAAUUACUAAAAAUUCCCUGUACCAAAAUGUUGGGUAUCGUCCACCUCCACCAGUGCCCCCUGGUGGGGAAGAGGAUCAGCCACCUGCCCUGCCACCUAGGAAUUACAGGAGGUUCUCAGCCAGCCAAUCAGAUUCUUCCUUACAUCCCAGACCAAUUCCUCAACCUCUGUCUAAAGACAGGUCCUUUGGAUAUGACAGCCAUUCCAGUGAGUCUCGCGGGAAAUGGGACGAUGAUAACUAUGCUGAACAGCUCCGUAAACAGUCCAGACGUCUUUCAGAACAACAGCAUAUGCCUCAGCCAAUGAUUUACAAAACCACCAAGACGUCCAUCCAGUUCACUCAGUCUUACAAACAGCAGCAUGUGGAGGCUUUGGAAGCCACCUCUCCAGGUGGCUCCACAUCUUCCUCGGACCAUUUCUUCUCCUCACGUCGCAUGUCAGGAGGACACCAGCCCUCCUCACCUAACAGUGCUCCCAGUGUUCCUCCAUUGCCCUCAUCAAAAUACACCUCAUCUCCCUCCAGUCCUCCUAUCUCACCAAAAGGUGAGGGCCUGUCUCGGUCAGAACAUUAUCCAGAGACCAAAUCGUACCAUUCCCCUGAGUCCAAGGAGAGACUGAGGGUGGAUAUUCCUACCACCAGUCAGAGCUGGCACAGUCGAUCGUCCCCCUACAGCCCAGAUCCCCCUCCCCCACCCACCCCACAGAAAGAGGUCAGCGUGGAGAUGGAACUGCCCCCUCCCCCUCCAGAAGUGGUGGAGAACUCAACAGAACACAAGGAGGAUAAAAUCAGAUAUGCAGAAGAUUCCUUUGCGUCUUACAAGAGUCGAAAUGAUCGACAGCCCGGGGUCUACAAAAGAUCAGCCUCCUCUGGUGAUGCUCUGAAACUUCUACAUGAAAACAACAACUACAAGCAGCAGGGGGAUAUUCAGAAGCCUCCCAGAAAAAGACUACAGCCCUGGAAGAGUGAGCAGACGGUCAAUCAGGGCGACCAGAUUCCGGAGCAGACGGAGGUUCCUUAUAAAGACCCCGUCCUGUCUGAGCGACCCCCGAGACCGUUAGUCUCCGCCCACAGCUCUAGUCAUUUACUGGCACCCAAGCCUUACACCACUCCAGAAUCCAACAGGAGUAACAGUUUCAAUGUGACGUCUUCUGAACCGAACUCUGUGUCAGGUCAUCCCACCGAGAGACAGUCUGUCCAAGACAGGAUUUCAUCCAUUGAAAGGAAACAGAGUCUAUCCAGGGAGAGGCCAGAAAUUAGACAAGUAACCCCUCAGGGUCCCUCUCACAAGAGACCACUGGAAAACCUCUCAAAGUCAUUCACAUCAACACCUCCGAGGAAGACAUUUGAAACAGACAAAUUCAGUGCAAGUGUGAGUGAAAUUCAGUUAGGACCCAAGUCUAGUGUGAAAUCUCCAGAUUCUAGUGCUAGCAGGAGGGCCUACUCUCCGGACCAAAGUUCUUCUGUUUCCACCAGUGAUGCGGGCCCACCACCAGUGGACAGGAGCCCUGGGAGUGGGUACCCAGGCGGGCGCAGAGUGAAAAAUAGGGAAUCUAAUGGGCAGAGUGCAAAUGACUCCAACAGCUCUAAUACCAAAAUGUCUUUCAGUGAUUCCAUUAGGCAAUCUCCAAGCCAGUCUAAUUCAACAGAAACAUCUAGUCCUUCAGCAAAGAACAGUGAUAGUGACUUGAUUCACCACAGUCGGCAGCGCUCUCAAGAGGAAUUGGAGUGUGAUGCCAAAGUGAAGGAAUUUGCCCAGUUUUAUGGAGAAAAGGACCCCAAACUGUCCAGCAUGCUGAAGAAUGAUGGUGGUAGAAUGCAGUAUAUGGAUGGACUUUUCCAGACGGAAAUCGAUCAAGACUUAAUUGCUCGGCGAUCUCCGAAAACUUCCCCCAAGUCUUCCAGCGUGAGUAAAGAUCAAGAGGCACUGAAGAGUGUGACACCUAACAAGGAAGAGAAACAAGAAGAGGAGAAGUCGCCUCUACCCGCUAACUACUGGGUGUCCCCGUCCAAGGCCCUCAUUGAGAUGAAUAUCCGGCAGAGCGAGGGCAUCGGGCGAGACAUGACCAAAGAUAUUGACGAUUCUGACAAGUUAAUCAAAACAAAGGAAGAGCUUGUUGAAAGCAUCCAGAAGAAGAUGGAUAAACUGAAGGAAGAGAAAGAAGAAGUGACAAAAGAGUUGGAGGAAACAGAAUCCCUGGGGAUAGAGGUACAGAAAGCUGUAGAUAAGAAUUGCAAAACACAGCAUGAGAAGGACAAGUUUAAGACGUACAUUGGAGACAUGGAGAAAAUUAUUCUCCUACUGCUGAAGGUCUCGGGUUUGUUGGCGCGAGCGGAGAAUUCCCUCCAGAGUCUACCCAAGGACACCAACGAACGCCUUAAAAAAAUGGCUGUUGAGAAACGAGACAGAGUGAAACAGCAGCAUGAAGAUGCCAAGGUUUUAAAGGCGGACAUAGAAAAGCGUAGCGAACAGAUCGAGGUGUUCCUACAGGAGGCACUGAGUGAAGAGGAGUUCGCGGACUACAAGUAUUAUGUCAAAAUGAAAUCAAAACUGACAAUAGAAAAACAGGAGCUGGUGGAUAAAAUAGCUCUCGGUGAGGAACAAAUAGCAGCUCUUAAACUGAGCAUUCCGGAGAAACACUGAGGCUAGAGCUCCCAACGUGACAAAGUGCUAUAUUUCUGUGUGAUAUAUGACUGGCAUAUGCAGUACCGGCAGCUGAUGGCUGCAGAAUCAAAAUGUGAUUUCGCUGAGGACCGAUUCCAGACUUUCGUAAUGACAAAGUUGUGGCGCUUUUGGAAUCUCCCAAGACAUUGCUGGUCAAUGAAUUGUACAAUGUGUGAAUACAAAAUUCAUACUGUUUAUCUGUAUGAAAUACCAAGUGUACAGGAAUGAUCUCGCUGUGAGGUUUUACAUUAUAGUAGAUGAUGCACAGUACAUUGGAUGCAAGUUAUUAUAAUACAUUGAACAAAGGUGUGUAACUGCACAAGUUGCUGUGUAAGCUCCUAUCGAUAUUGACAAUAUCUCUCCACACGCCACAAAAGGUACUGCAAAUCAUUGUUAAGAUGGUGCUGUCAAACAAAGCUCAAACUGUACAGACUUGACCCAUAUAGUUAUCAGGAGUUUGUGAUUGGGUUGUUUAUGUAUAAGCUGUUAAGAACUUUAUAGAUGAGGGACUUGUGUGAAAGGGAAUAAACUGUGAUGUGCGAGUCUUGUCUGUAUGAGUGUGUGCUAUUUAUUACAUUUUUAGUUAAUCACACAUUUAAUGUUCAAACUCAUGCAACAAUUUGAUUUUAUAAAAGUUUAUAUAAAAUUUAUUGCAACACAACUAAACAGACCAUAUCAACUAAAAUCAUUCCAAGGGGGGUAACUCUAGGUCAUUCCACGCAAAGACACCUGCAAAUUACGCAAAUACACAUCACUACAAAAUAGAGAUCAAUAUUUUUGGUACAUGUAGCAGCUUUUUAAGCAUUAGUGAGUGAGCAUUAAGAGUGGGGAGUUGACACAAUAUUUUGUUAUAUAAAUACAAGUAUUAUAUAUUUUAUGAUGAAUGCAACUUACAUCCAUACAUGCCGUUAAGAUAUGUUUCCAUAGAAAUAAAAAUGGUGUGUGAAAAAGA